GCGGCGCCCGGGACACGCCGUUCUGACAGUUUACGCUUAGUUUUUUUGUCUUUCCUGGCUAAACAGAAGCAUGUCGGAGACGGCUCCGGUUGCUCCUGCUGCUCCCGCACCUGCAGAGAAAACACCUGUUAAGAAGAAGGCAAAGAAAUCUGGCGCGGCCGCUGGAAAACGUAAGGCGUCCGGGCCCCCGGUGUCCGAGCUCAUCACCAAGGCUGUCGCCGCUUCCAAGGAGCGCAGCGGCGUGUCUCUGGCUGCGCUCAAGAAGGCACUGGCUGCCGCCGGCUACGAUGUGGAGAAGAACAACAGCCGCAUCAAGCUGGGUCUUAAGAGCCUGGUGAGCAAGGGCACCCUGGUGCAGACCAAGGGCACUGGGGCUUCCGGCUCUUUCAAGCUCAACAAGAAGGCGGCCACCGGGGAGGCCAAGCCCAAGGCGAAGAAGGCGGGCGCGGCCAAGCCCAAGAAGGCUGCCGGGGCGGCUAAGAAACCCAAGAAAGCCACCGGUGCGGCCACUCCAAAGAAAGCUGCCAAGAAGACCCCUAAGAAAGCCAAGAAGCCAGCGGCAGGAGCCAAGAAAGUAACCAAGAGCCCGAAGAAGGCGAAGGCAGCCAAACCGAAGAAGCCGACUAAGAGUCCGGCCAAGGCCAAAGCCUCCAAGCCUAAAGUAGCUAAACCUAAAGCUGCCAAACCCAAGGCUACAAAGGCCAAGAAGGCGGUUUCCAAGAAGAAGUAAAUCUUAAGUGGCACCUCCUGCUUUGAAAAUCUCAAAGGCUCUUUUCAGAGCCACCCACUAAUUUCAGGUGAAAGAGCUUAACCGGACAUAUAUCCCUAGGUUUGCCAACGAAUUUUGUAAUAAAGGUAAUUCUUUUUUUAAAUUUGCCGCUCUACUGUGAUUGGCCAGCUGCGUGUGCGUCCGGGUGCGCGCGCACCACAGGAUCCGCACCGUGAUGGUGGUCACCGUCCUCUUGGGCGAGCGCAGUGCUUCUGAAAAGCGCCACUUGUGACGGCCCUGGGCCUUAGCAGGGAUGUUGAGCAGGACACUGCACUGUGUGAUGGCGAGGAUCCUGGAGUGGAUUGCCAUUUCGCUCUCCAGGGGAUCUUACCGACCCAGGGAUCGAACCUGUAUCUCCUGCAUUGUAGGCGGAUUUUUUACAGCUGAGCCACCGGAGGAGGCAACCCGAACAUUAAGGUAUAGUAAAAAAAAAAAAAAGUGUAAAAGCCACUCCUGGCAGUUUAUAAUUUACCCGUUUAUCAAAUUCUUUCCCGCUAAAAUGUUGAUAGGUCCCAGGGAGCCAUGGUUGGCAGUCUCAUAUCUUUUGGGGGAUAAGUAAUAAAUAGGGAGAGAGAAGUAAUUAAGCUUUGGGAAUCGCAAGGAGAAUGCUUAGAGAGCUCCUCGAGCCGCAGCAACCAGGGCAAAAUAAAUGGUUCUAGGAAGAUGGAUGUUUCGUUAUUUCCACUUUAUCCUGUUUUUAAUUUCAGGGGAAUGCCACUGAUUUACUGAUGAAUCUUGAGGAAAAUGUCAGUUUUGUAGACCAUUAGGGGGUUGUAAACAUGGAUGGGGAAAAAUUACAUCUUAUAGCAAACUAAAUGCUGUUAAGCAUUUCCUUUUAGUAUGUCUGGAAGCACAGGCAGUUACAAUGGACUUUGCAGACCUUAUUGAAUUUUUCAACAGUGGCUGUCACAGAUGUUUUUAUGUCACUUUGAUGAAGAUAUCUUGAAAUAAAGUUGACGUCAUUCUGAGUCCUUGAAACUGACAUUUGUUAUUCCACCUGUUGCUCCUUGUUAUUUGAUAUGACUAAUGAGGCACAUUAUAUGUACUUAAAUACAUUUUAAAAUUACAUUUUAAUAUGCCUUUCCUAUCCUGUAUUGGUAUCCUAAAAGAUGAUAUUGAAAAGGUGUUUAUAGGUUUCCUCAGGGUGUCCAUAGAGUCUACCAUACAAGUCAUGAGUCCCUGAGCAAAUUGUCAGUGGUUGAAAGGCUUCAUCUUAUUUAUUUGCUUAUAGCAUACCCCCCACCCCCAAACACACACACACAUACACUACACACACACCGCUUACUGGUUAAUAGUUUAUUCAAUUUUAGUUUUUCAAUUUUAAAGAAAAAAAAUGUAUGUAGCCCGUGAUUAUCUUUCUAGCUUUUCUAAAUGAGAUUUUAUUUUUCAUCCAUUGCAGUUGCAUUCCAUACUUUAUUCUUUAUAGAAAGAGCCAAAAAUCCUGCCUCUUAGGAGAGUGGUUUGGUUGAAAAGGCUAUUUGGAUAAAUGGGAAUAUGUGAUAUGGUUACUCGAGUCUUUUUGAAUAGAUUGCACGAAGGGGGAAAGUUAAGAGGGAAGAGACCUGUGAGGUCUUUAGUACCAGAAUGAGUUUGGGUGUUGAUGAAGAAUGAUGAGGAAUAAGAAUUAUGUGGGAAUGUGACAUUCAAUAAGAGUGGUACUAUACAGUAUCUGUAGUUAAUUACAUUUUACAAAGCUCUCUGAUGUGUACCUCACUAUAAAGCUCUUGCAGUAGGUAUAGCUAAAGUCCUUGUUUUAUAUUAUUAUUAUUAGUGUGUACUGGGUGUCUUUUGGGAUCUUAGUUCCCCAACCAGGGAUUGAACCCAGCCUUUGCUGUGAAAGCACCAAGUCCCAACCACUGGACUACAAGGGAAUUCCCAAUGCUGUGUGUUUUACAGUUAUGAAAAUUGUGCCUUAGAAAGAUGAAAUGCCCAGCAUCGUCUUGUCAAUAAAUAGUGCACCUGAGUCUCACAGUUUCUUUCUUCCUAGUGUCAUUUUCUGUGCACUGCUCCCCAUCUGUUAUGCCUACUGGAAAAAGAGUUGUCUAUUUCAUUUUGAUGCCCAUCCAGAAAGACAUAACUUCCAUGUAUUUCUGGUUUAGACCCUUUGUGAGCUAUCCAAUUCAGAAUCCCUUUGGAAUGUACCAGAAGCAAUUAAACAUCAUUCACUCAAUGC